CACGAAAGACGAAUGAACCGAGAUGAUUGGCUUGGUGUAGUGACGCUGAUAACCACGGCCUUCGUCUUCAGACACCGCAGCCACUCGUGCCAUGUGCGACUUGAGUGAAAAAGGGACCAAGUGUAAGCUGACGUCACUUGCAGAUUUGCACCAAGAGGAUCAAGAUGACGCAGUCGACUCCGCUGGACGCUGCUCUGCAGCUCUUCACUUCCGUUCAGGAGACGGAGGUCUCCGCGCAGUCAAAAACCAAACCUGUAGUGGCGCUCUCUUUGCCUCAGGAGCCCGAUCGCAAGCAGAAGCGCGAGCUGCAGAAACUCAUCGCCCCGCUCGCCUUCCUCUUCCGUGGCCGUGAUGACAUUACGCUGUUGCUGUCGUCGAAGGAGAUGGAGGCAUCGAGUCUUACAGUCUUUAAGGACGGCGAGGAGCUAACUACCGUCACGACGGAAGGAGAGCUUAAGGACCGCGUUAACAAGCUGGUACAGCACAUCGGAUGGAGUCCGGACUGUCCGGAUGAGACCCAACUGCACAACUACCUGUCCCCUAUCAACACUGAGGAGCUACUGGGCGACGUAGCGGCCUUCACCGCCACCACUGGCCAGCGCGACUACGUGGCCAACGCCGCCAAUGUGUCGUCUAUCAUCUGGCAUGCGUUUACGGAGGCUGAACGUCCUAUUAACUGGGCGGGUUUCUACUUCGUCCGACCGCUAGCCAACCCCAAAGAGACCGACCACGACCACAUUCUGAUCCUCGGGCCAUUCAUGGGGAAACCUGCGUGCAGUCGUAUUCGAUUCCAGAGUGGCGUGUGCGGCGCCGCGUGGCGUACCAAGUCGGUGCAGCGUAUCAAGGACGUGCACGAGUUCCCCGGCCACAUUGCGUGUGACGACGCGUCUGAGUCUGAGCUGGUAGUUCCCGUCUUUGAUAAGCAGGGGGAGGUCAUCGCUCUCAUUGAUCUCGACUGCCCACAGAAGAACGGCUUUUCGGCUGAGGACGAACGCACCUUCGUGGAGGUCGCGCGUGUCAUGUCCGAGGCCUGUGACUGGGGCAACGUCGGUCUGCCGUACACCCAGCCAUGAAGCUUUGAUAUCGUAGAGAAUGGACCUCUCAAUGGUCUUCGAUCGUAAGCAGAGCGCGGCUCUAUUAGAUUAAUAUGACCUCCGCCUGCUAUCAUGCUAAUGCGUUCGAUACGUCACUUCGUAUAGUAAAAUGGCGACAAGAUGUGAGCGAAG